ACUUGUCUUUGUUCGGUGGGACUUCAAGACGUCUCAAAAGGCGCUUGAGGGCGACUCUGGAGGAUUCGAUAAUGGCCAAGUCACUGGAGGAUUCGGUGGUGGCCAAGUCAGUGGCAGCGCUCAAGGAGGGCUGGAAUCGAGUCAGCCGCUGCUGCAGAGGCCUUGGGCGAAGCAAGCCGUGACCGCGCAGGGUGCUGCGGGUGGGCAAGCGGUGCUUGACUGCCGACGCCCUGCUGGGGGUGCUGGAGCGCUGUGCUGCCAACAGACCCCCUGGCAGUGA